AUGGCGAAGAACUAUCAAUCAAAACAAGCAAUCUGGUGGUAUACAAAAGAAAUUUUUCUUUAUCCAAUGUUAAAUCGAGCUCUUCGUUUAACUGAAAUCGAUAUUAUCCUCAAAAUAGCCUUCUUUAUCAAGGAUCUUCAUCAAGAACUGGAACAAUUGCAUAGCAAAGAAUUUCCUCGAACAUCAAGCAACAAACCAUUUACUGUCUACCGUGGACAAUGUGUAUCUGAAGUAGAUAUGGAGAAAAUUCGAGAAACAAAAGGUGGUCUCAUAGCUUUCACUAACUUCUUAUCGACAAGUAAACAGCGUGAAGUGUCAAUGAACUUCGCUCUUUUAUCGUUGCGGAAAAAUCCAUCAGAAGUUGGUAUUUUAUAUGUGAUGAACAUCAAUCCACGUAAGGCUACAACAGCGUUUGCCUCGAUCGACUCGGUUAGCGCCUUGAAAGGCGAAGAUGAAGUUCUCUUCUCUAUGAACUCUAUUUUCCGGAUUGGGGACAUAACCAAAGCAAAAGAGCACGAACGACUGUACGAAGUGAAUCUGACUCUAACAAAUGAGGACGAUAAAGGCCUCCGUAAACUCACCAAUCACAUACGAAAAACCAACUAUCCAACAGAAAACCCGUGGUUUCGGUUAGGUUUUCUCGUAAAGAAAAUGGGACAUACAGACAAAGCGAAGGAGAUAUUUCAGACUCUACUUGAUCAAACCGAUGAUGAUGAAGCUAAAUCUACGAUUUAUUUCGAACUUGCAACGGCGUAUUGUGCGAAUGGAGACCACAAAGAAGCACUUGCUCUCUAUGCGAAGCAGUUGCUUAUUCAACGUAAACUAUUUUCACCGGAUCAUAUUUUUUUAGCACCUACCUAUCACAACGUCGGUAAGGUCUACUAUGAUCUUGGUGACUAUACAAAAGCACUCGACUACUACAAAAAAGCCUUAGAAAUUCGAAAGAAAUCACUUCCACCCAACGAUCCAGAUUUAGGCGUAUCCUACAACAAUAUUGCUGGAAUAUAUGAAAAGAUGCAUGACAAUAAGAGCUUCCUUGAGUAUUCGAAAAAAGCUCUGGAAAUCGGAAAGCGCUCACUACCAUCGAAUGAUCCAGAUCUAGCCAAGACGUACGGGAACAUCGGCCUUCAACAUUAUAACACGGGUAACUAUCCAGAAGCAAUGGAAUAUUACAACAAAACUCUUGAAAUACAGGAAAAAUCACUUACACCUUAUCACCCAGAUCUAGCAAUGUGCUACAACAAUAUAGCUGGAGUACAUCAUGCAAUGGGUGACAACAAGAGUGCACUUGAAUGCAUGGAGAAAGCUCAUGAGAUCCGAAAAAAAUCACUUCGGCCGAAUCAUCCAGACAUGGGUAUGUCCUACAACAAUAUCGGAUAUGUCUAUGAGCAAAUGGGUAAUUACUUGAAAGCUCGUUCAAAUUAUCAAACCGCAGUUGACAUUGCGAAAAAAUCUUUACCGCCUAAUCAUGAUUUUCGACGCAUUUGGGUGAUGAACCUCGAAAGAGUGAACAAUAAGUAG